AUGGUACUUUUAGAAAUACUGAUUCCUGUUUUUAAGACUCUUUUCCUUGCAAGUCUGCAGCUCUACAACAACGCAGUCACUUCAGCUGCAGGCUUUAAAUGUCAAAACUCGCUAAUUUCUGACCAAUGGAGGAAAGGAAUUCUGGAACUUAUCAAUGGUUUUCGUCGAACAGUAGCGAAAGGACAGCAACUAGGUAAAGAUGGCGCGAAACUGCCGAGCGCUAAAAAAAUGAAUCAACUGACAUGGGAUUGCAAUAUAGAAGCAGAAGCACAGGCUGCUGCUGCGACUUGCCCUACUUCAUUGACAACUGCACAAUUACCCACGUUCCAAGACACCGCCUAUAAACUCGGAUAUAUAACUGCGACGAAAACAAUUAAAGCUAACAGCUGUGACGCUACCAAAACAGCAAAAGAUUUGCUGACUGAACAAUGGAACACCGCAGUUGCAAACCAGCCGGAUGAGAACGUAAUAAAGGGCGAGAAAGUGUUUUCUCAGCUUGCCAACGAGGAAAUGGAUGCAUUCGCAUGCACAUACCAAAUUUGCCAUUUUAAUCAUUUUCGGCCAGCCGCUGCAGGUGCCCCAGUUUAUGAGAAGGAAACCGGCACUAAAUACUGCACUGAUCGAGACUGCAAGUGCGUAGAUGCUCUUUGCCAAAAAAGAGUCAAACCAGCAGUUUUCAAGAGCACAUCAUUUUGCGGUACCAAGGCCUGUACAGGUAAAUUUUCGGACACUUUCAGACGUACUGCACUGGAAAUGCACAACUACUACAGACGCCUCCUUGCUACAGGAUGGGCGAAAUCUGGAGAAAACUAUGCAAAACCAGCCACAAAAAUGAUUGAACUGCAAUAUGACAAGGCUCUUGAAGACAAGGCUAUAGCGAAGAUUAAGAACUGCGCCUCAAGUUUAAACAGUGAUGUCGGAGCAAACUUCUGGAGCAAAGAUGUCACCGCAACCAGCAAUAUUGGUGAAGACGGCAUUGAAAAAGCGGUGGCUAGUUGGUGGAAGUCUUUUGAAAACAAGGGCUUCGGAGACGACCGCAAGAAUAAAAAGAGUGUCAUAUCCGCAGCAAACAUAGCAUAUGAUGGAGCCACCAAGGUUGGUUGUGCUAUAGAUGUUGGAGAUGCUUGUCUGAAACUCGGAAAACUAUACAUUAUGUGCAUGUACGACAAUUCACCUGAUGUUGGUGAUGUCAUCUACGAAGCUGGGAAUAAAGCGUGUGCGAAGUGCGGUAGCACCGGUACCACUCCGGUGUGCUCCCCGAUAGGUGGAUUGUGCGUCGCAGCAUCCUGA